AUGGCCUGCAAGCUAUACGGAUUCGCGCUGGGAGUGCAUUAUUACGACGAAGCACAACACACCCUCGGGCUACUAGUGCGACGCCUUGCCCAAGACGACUCGGCCCACGUUGCCUCUGUCCUCCUCGCGUUGGAAAAGUAUCUCGGAAUCGCGGGAACGUUACAAAUCUCUAGCGCCUCUAUACAUCUCCAGAUCUUCUUCUUCGGCUUGUGGCGUGUGGCAUCCCUCGUUGCGGGGCGAUGGCCAUCCGUUCCUGCUGUCGGAGGCGUCCGAGAUCGGUUCCAGGAAUACUUGAACGACUCUCCGUUCUUGAAGCUCGAGGAGCUGUUGGGCCAAGCAAACCUGGAAGUAACAUUUCGCGAGCAGUCGCCUAAUGAAUACUACUUCUCGGAAGAGUUAGGUAUGGGCUUUGCUCGGUUUCCUGAGCUGCGAGAUUGGGUUUUUGCUCUCGACUUUGCUAAACGGACGGUCCGCAUGUUCCAUUCCUCGAGAGCUGAUUGGACCAGCACGGAGCACCUGACAAUCACGGCUACCAAGCCAGGUGAGGAUUUAGUGAUUACAGUGCAUACGAAAGCGCAGUUUGAGUGGGUUCAGACGUAUUUGAAUUAUGGGUUUCUACCGUAGCUGCAAGUGAGCGUGUAAAUAUCGAAUAGAUUGCUGGUUCGUUGGAGUCUUGCCUAACGAUGACAGACGUAUAACUUAAUGAAGACGUCCUACCAAAUUAAAAUACCCCUGAAUGGUGGGUGGUUGUGGUAGUUGAUUUAAGGUUGGAAAUGUGGCUAGUGUGGCUAGUGUGGCUAAUGUGGCUUUGCAAAGG